UUCUUCUUCUUCUUCUUCUUAAUUAUUCAGUCAUUCGGUGAAAAUCUCAAUCAUGACUUCUGUGAAAAAGAGUCAGGAUGGUUUGGAGGAGCAGAAUGGCCCUAACUAUGGGACUGUCGAUGUCAAGGUUGGCAGUCAACAGGAUCUUCUUGACCUGCAAGAUCUCGACCCUGCUUUCAAUCAGAAAAUGCGACUCGUCAACGAUGCCAUUGACGAAAUUGGUUGGACGCCGUAUCACCUAAAGUUAUUCUUCUUAAACGGCUUUGGGUAUGACCUCUUGGAGAAGCACGACCUGCUUUCGAUUACCCUUCAGAUUACAACGCCCGCUGACUGCUGACUGGUUCGUUCGUGAAGUUACGCUGUUGAUUCAAUGAUCACUCUCUUCCAAUCCAUCAUUGCCACACAAGCCUUCCGUGAAUUUGGUGAAAAGGGCUACGCCAACGGCAUGACAAUUGCAGCUUACGUCGGAAUGUUGACAGGCGCUCUUUUCUGGGGUUUUGGCGCCGACAUUAUUGGGCGAAAGUAUGCCUUCAACAUCACGCUCUUUCUCUGCUCAGUUAGCUGCAUCAUUGCUGGCGGAAUGCCCAACUGGCCAUCGCUUGGGUUUUUCGUCGCGUUGCUUAGUUUUGGUGCUGGCGGAAACCUCGUCAUGGAUACAGCUGUUUUUCUGGAGUACCUCCCGAGUAACAAACAGUGGCUUUUAACUCUCAUGGCAUGUUGGUGGGGCUUCGGCCAGGCGAUUGCUGGUUUCAUCGCUUGGGGAUUCAUGGUUCCCGAACGUUGGAAUUGCGUUGAUGUUGAGACUUGUUCACGAGGUAGUAACAUGGGCUGGCGGUACGUCAUGUUCACAGGCGGCGCUCUCGUCUUCUUCCUAUCGUUGCUUCGAGUCACCGUUAUCAGACUUCGCGAAACGCCCAAGUACCUGCUCGGUGUCGGAAAAGAGGAAGAAGUGAUUGAGACAUUCCAAUACCUGGCGACCAAGUACAAUCGCACUUGCUCUCUCACUCUGCAAGAUCUCGCUGCCUGCGGAACUAUUACCUCAGCUCAUAGCAAGAACCGAUUCUCGAUAAGCGAGACGAUGAUCCAUAUUCGUGGUUUAUUCAGUACCAGAAAGAUGACCAUGUCAACCGCCAGCAUCUUUUUGUCCUGGACACUCAUCGGUCUUGCGUACCCUCUCUUCUACGUCUUCCUUCCGUCGUAUCUGGCAAGCAGAGGCGCAGUCUUCAACCGCUCAAAGUUCGAAAUCUGGCGCAACUACGCUCUGACAAACAUCAGCGGUAUCCCAGGUCCCGUUGUCGCUGGCUUCAUGUGCAACACCAAGCUAGGCCGCAAGUACACCAUGGUCAUCGGUGCUUUGAUCAGCAUGGCCUUCUUUUUCGCCUACACUUCUGUGAAGACUUCUGUGCAAGACAUCACGUUCACUUGUCUGAUCGCCUUUUGCAUCAACAUCUACUACGGCACUCUUUAUGCCUACACUCCUGAGGUUCUGCCAAGUGCUCAUCGUGCUACUGGAAGUGCUAUUGCUGUUGCGUGCAACCGAGUGAUGGGAAUCGUAUCAGCUGUUGUCGCAAGUGAAGCUAACACUGACACGCCUGCUCCGCUGUAUGUCUGUGCUGCGUUGUUCCUUGCAAUGGCAGCCGUCUCGGCUUCGUUCCCAUUUGAGCCAUAUGGACAUCGAAGCUCAUGA